UGGAUAAUGGUUUGUUUCUUUUGUGAUGGGUGUAUGCCUUAUUCCUCGUUAAUAUUUUAUUUUAUGUUCUCUUGUCCAUCAUUUUAGGACAACCAACCUUUUCCACUGUCAGUGGAUCCCACUUCAAGAAUUUACCACUCCCUAACCUUUUAAUCAUCUCAAGAAACAACCCAUUUAUUAUAGUUUCCUGAAGGCACACCAAGUGAGGCCUCUGUUAUCUGAUCAAAGAUUAAACUGCCUUCCUUUUCCUGUUAUUAAUCAGCCUUUUAACAUUCCAAAAAACUAUUUUAAGCUUCAUUAAUCCACAUGAACAAGAGACCAAUCAAUAACCUGAUCCAGCCUUGCUACCUUAUCCAAAAGGAGGGGUUCUCUCAAUCGCCUUUCGUAACUUUUAUAACCAUCCUAGCUUAUAUACUUCGUCUUUGAUAAAUUGGAAUUUUUCUGUUCUAGCUUAUUAAAGUAUAGCUGAAGAUAUUGUUUCAUUUAAAGAACCUUAUAUGUAUGGUAUGCAUCUGAAGACAUCAUUGUUUGGUAUGCAUCUGAAGACAUCAUAGUUUACUCUGUUGGUGAUAUUUAAUAUACUUUUAUUAUGUCAAGUGUAAUGGAGUUGGUAUGAAAACAAAUUCAGAGCUGGUUCAUUUGGAGCUGAGUUGACAUGAGUAGGCUAUCAUUCAGGCCUCGUCCUCUUGAUAUUCACAAGAAGCUCCCAAUUGUAAAAUCUGUCAAGGACUUCGAAGAUGAAGAUAGCCUAACUUCCACACGAAAUUCACAGAUACUGCGCCUUGCUGCAGAGGCUGAUAAUGAGGUGCAUCAGGUUCCUAGCAAGAAAGUGGCUCCUGAGAUACCUACUCCACAGUUUGUUGUUGUUGAUACAUAUGAAAGAGAUUAUUCCCGCACUUUUUGUCAACCAACAUCAUAUUUACGUGGAAGGGGAGCUCGGGCUGAGAUUGGUGAGUUUGUUGAGUAUGACUUGGACAAUGAGGAUGAAGAUUGGCUUCAUGAGGUCAACAAUGAAAGAAAGAUUCUUGCACCAGAAAAGUUUGAGUGUCUAAUUUUCAAAUUGGAAGUAUUGGAUCAUAAAGCUCGAGAAAGAGCAGGGAUUAUAACACCUACACUUGGUUCACCAAUUCCUGUACUUUUACAGCUUGAUGCUGCUACUGAGGCCAUACAAGCCCAGUCCAUAAGAUAUGCAGUUUUCCAGUUGGUUUAUAAUUACUGGAGAGAAAAGCGUGAACGGUGGCAGAAGCCUAUUUUGCGGCGAUUGCAGCCUCCUCCACCAGUUAAUGAUACCAACCCGUACAAUGUAUUUAGGCCAAGGGAAAAAGCUCACAGACUUCAUACAAGAAGGAUGCAAAGGAGGGAAAACAAUGUGCAGUCAUUCGAAAAGCUUCGCCAGGUCAGGCGCAACCUAGACCAAGCCAAGACCAUAUUGGAGGCUUUGAUUAAGAGAGAGGAGAAAAAGAGAGAUGUCAUGGAGAGUGAAGUUAGCCUUCAAAGGAUUCAAAUAAAGUAUAAGCAUGAAACUGAGCUUCUUGAUGAUAGCUUGGCACUCCCUGGAUUUCCAACCUUCCCUUGUAAAAUUGGUUCAAGUGAGGAAGAAUUUGUGGACUCAGAUGACGUUGCAAACAGCCGUCCACAUAUACGACCUACGGUAGGACAAAAUCUAUCUUUGGUGGACUCCAAGCUGGUGAUGAUUUCUGGAGGAAACCUGAGACGGGAGUUGAGGCGGCAGCAUGUGCCCCAGGGGUGGCUUAAUAAAAUGGAUCCACUUGAGCCUGCUUUGUUGUUCACAAGACCUCUAGAUCCAGAAAAGUUGGCAGCUGCUGGCAUAGUACCGCCAUCUGAUGAUUCUUCAAUGAAGCAUGGUCCAUCUUCACCGCACUUUAGCUUAAGUGGAAGGAUUGGGCGUGGAGGGCGAAUAGUAUUUGACAGAUGGAAUCCACUUUUGCUUACUCCAAUCGAAUGGGGAAACCCUUUUUAUAUGCCACCAAAACCCAGGCCUUCAACACAUAAUUGAGAGAUUCAGUUGGCCUCUUUUGGAUCAUGUGCUUGACCUGAGGCAAGGUGAAGCCAAUGCAAGGAGAUUCGAUUCCAUCCUUAACGGGAUCCAAAAGGUUGAGAGAAAUUUUGGAGUAGGUGCAUUUUUUGUUAGACCCAGAUUUUGUAAAUGGGUCACACCUUGUCCAUCAGCUGAUUUGAAGAGAGAGAAUGUGUCUGCCCCUCUUCUCAUCUGCUCAUUAUAUGAUUGUGCUCCCAUUCUCUCUCUCUCUCUCUCCUUUGUAUCACACACAUGGUAUAAUAUAGAUAGUUUUAGGUGCUACCUCUCUCUCGCUCUCUCCCUAAUACUCGCACGGUAUGAUAUAAAGAAAUUCUCUAAUUUACUGUUC